UUUCCUUGUUGCUCUCAUCAUCACUGCUCACAGAUCCCCAUUGUCCUUUUAUCAUCGGGCUAAUCGUCUUUACCUAUCCUAAUUCUCUGUUUCGCGUUCCAAGUUGAGCUUGGGAGGUUGCUGUCUUCUCGUGCUGCUACACCCCGCAUCACCGCUCCGUAUCUGUACAUUAUUCCGCCAGUUCCCUGAAGAAUACCCCUGUGUGCUUGCGUUAUCGUUGAGUUUUUGUAAGGCUUGAUUUCAGAAUCAAGUUUGAUCGCCCUGUACUUUUGUCCGAAUUUUAACGACCGUUACGACCGUUACGACCAUAAUGGCUGCUCCUAUUGGCGAAACCGUCGCUAUCCCCGUUACCAAUGAACACUUGAAAAAUGAAGCAGGCAUCACAAGCAGCGCUGUCGAUGCUGAGCCCACUGCAGCUCCCACCACUUCCUCGGCGGAAACCGUUGAACAAGAAGUGACAGAGAAGGCAAAGGAGAUCGCCAAAGAUGUCGGAGCCAUACCUGUCGGAACCGAAAAGGAUGUGACUCCGCUGCAAAAUGGUACACACUCCAGCGAGGAGAAGGAUACCACUACUGCCCAGGCACCUGCUGUUGCUUCCGAUGAGGCUGAAUCAAGUGGUGUCACAACUGAUGAGCUGCCAGUGGCUGAGGAGAGGGAGGCCUUGAAGGAAGAAAAGCCUUCAGUUGCGGAACCUGUACCUGAAGCUACAAAGGCGGAAGAGAAGCCUGAAGAAGUCCCAACCGCAACCACCAUCGAGGCUGGGCAGUCGGAUGAGAAUGUCGAGGCUCCGGAUGCGCAAGAGGUAUCCACAAAACUAGUGGACGAGAGGGGAAGGGACGAGGCUGAGGGCGAGAAGGUUGCAGACACCGCCGCUACCGAGCCAGAGGAAACGACUACCAAGGAUGCUGAUGCCCCUUCUGCUGACCUGGCGCCGGCCGAAACCACAUCUGAGGCGCCGGCUGUCGAGACGGAGAUAUCGACCGCCAAGGAAACAUUUAAUGAUGAGGUGACAAAGGAACCUAUCGAUGAGCCUACUGAGGAAUCUGCUGUGAAGAGUGAGCCAACGGAAGUUACAGCGGCACCCGAAUCUAUCCCCCAGGACUCUGCUACGGUUGAGCCUGUUGGUGAAUCCACAAGUGAACAACCGGUCGAGGAACCAGCCGCUUCAAGAGAAUCUGUGGACGAAACCAAGGCCACAGAAGCUGAAGGAGAGGUGACUGAGACACCAGCUGCGACUUCUACAGAAUCUGAGGAAACGCGCACAGCCAAAGAACCUGCCGAAGAGCCGAAUCAUGCAGUAGAGGCUGCCUUAGAACCGGAAAAAGAAGCACCGACCUCAGAACCAUCAGCAAAGAGCACGUCUGCGGAGGAUGAAGUGCUAGCAGCUGAAAAGGAACCCUUCACUGAGCAGCCAACUUCCGAACGCAUUGUCGAGAAGCCUUACAUCGAGGAAACAAGUAAAGAGACGACGGCCGAUGAAUACCCAGCUGAGGAAAAGCCUGCGGCCGAGUCAAAAACCGAAGUUGGAGAUGAAACCAAGGUGGACAACUCGGCAGUUGACACUGAGACUGUGGAGCCCGUCAACACCACCACAGCUGAAAAGCCAACUUCAACCGCAACUACUGAAACGGAAACAGCAAUUGAAGAGCCUAAGCUAGAAGAGCCCAUAGCUACUACUGAGACUGUUGAGCCGGUUGAGGUAGAAAAAGCCGCGGCCGUUCCCGAAGCGGUUGAAUCAACAAAAGAAAUCACGACUGGGGAAGCAACCGAAGGUUCUGCUGAAAACCAAACAGGAGUAGAUGAACCGGCCGUUGAGGUGCCUGCCACGGAUACCGCAGCUCCGUCGGACGAACUCCCGAAGGAAGUUGUAGCCGAACAGUCAGAAGUUGAGGAAAAGGCAGCUGUUUCUGAGACGAUUGACCUGGGCAAGGAAUCUUCCACCGAGGAACCCGCCGCGGUUGCGUCUGUUGAAGAGCAGGUUAAAGAGCCUCCGGCUGAGGAACCCGCCGUUGCCGAACAAAUCAAGACUGAGGAAACUACAUCCGAGCAACCCGCUGUUGUUGAGGAGACCAAGGCUGAGGAACCCGCUGUUGUUCCCGCUGCUAUUGAGGAGACCAAGGCUGAGGAACCCAAGGCUGAGGAACCCAAGGCUGAGGAACCCAAGGCUGAGGAACCCGCUGUUGUUCCCGCUGCUAUUGAGGAGACCAAGGCUGAGGAACCCAAGNCUGAGGAACCCAAGGCUGAGGAACCCGCUGUUGUUCCCGCUGCUAUUGAGGAGACCAAGGCUGAGGAACCCAAAGCUGAACAGCCCGCUGUUAUAGAGGAGCCCAAGGCGGAGGAAACCAAAGCCGAGGAGACCACUACUGAGGAACCCGCUGUUGCAGUUGAGACUGUUCAAGAGCAGGUUGAGAAGACUGUAGUUGAGGAGCCCAAGGCUGAGACGCAGGGUGCCACUGAGGAGUCCAAGGCUGAAGAGUCAGUUGAGGAUAUUGCAGCUGUCGAUGCUCCGGCAGAGGCAGCCACCCCAGCAAAUGCAGCCUCGUCUGAAGAACCCGAAAAGCAAACAGAAACCGAAGAGUCUAAGCCGGAAGAAACAGUUGCUGAAUCGGCCAGCGAGCCUGCGAAGGAAGCUGCGACUGAGGAACCUAAGGUGGAGACAACGGAAGUUACAGUUGAACCUCCUGCGAAAGCUAUUAAGGAAGUUGCGGCCGAGGAAACAAAAGAUGAGGAAGCUGCACCCGUUGUUGAGUCUGGUGAAGAACCAGUUAAUGAAGCGGCAACACCUCAGAACCCCACUGAGACUGUCCCGGAACAGGAGACCGUGACCGAGCAAAAGGUAGCUGCAACAGACUCUACACUGGUCGACAAGACAAUAAUUGGAAAGUCAACCGAAGAGGCGACACUUGAUGAUGCGGCGGAAGUGCCUGUCACCGAGGAAGCAUUAGUAGAUGCUCCUUCUACAGAGAGGCAUGAGGAGCCCGCAAUACAAGAGUCCACAGGGGCCGCUGUUGGAGGAGGGCCCGUGCCCGCUACUACCGAGCGCUCGGAAGAGCCAGCAACGGAAACGCCGGUUGAAGUGUCCCCUGCGGAUUCGGAAGCCGUGGCAGUUGAGGAUCCUGUCAACAGUAUUGCCGAAGAGCAACCCGCCACAGAGCUUGACAGUUCUAAGACAGUAGCGGCCGAAGAGUUCACCGAGACACCUAUCCAGCCCACAUCAACAGAAGAUCAAGCAGUUCCAAUUACUGCCACUGAAGAUCCCACUAAGGAAAGUGAAACUAGGGACCCUGUGGAAGAAGCUACCCAGGCAGAACCUGUUGUUAAGGAGCCCGAAACGGAGAAGGUUACUGAAAUCGUUGCUCCUGCAGCUGAACCAGAAACUUCCAAGGAGCCUGAACCCGAAACUGCUGCCCCCGAAGAGUCAGCCAGCAAAGAGCCAACUGAAGAUGAUUCCGCCAACGUUGAGCCUGCACCGGCGGAAAUUUCGAAGGAGGACCCGGUGCCUCAGACCGUAGAUGAUACGGCUGCAAAAGAAGCCCACGACGCAAAGACAGAGGUUGUUGAGGAGCCAGCAAAGGAGGUAGCGGCCGCAGAUCAAGUCUCCGAAAUAGCUCGUGAAGAGCCGUUGAAGGAAGACCCUGUUGUACAAACGGCCGUUGCGGACACUGCUGCUGUCGAAGAACAAGAAACUGCCACUGUGAACGUCGAAACUGUCGAGCCUGUUGCAGACGAAGCCACGCAACCGUCCGAGCAGACUCCUCAGGAAGGCUCCACUGAAAUCGUCGAGGAAAAGCCCAGUGCUUCUGAAGCUGCCGUUGCUAAAGACCCCGAAACAAAUGCGGGAGCAGCCGUGGAAUCCAAGGUCGAGGAGGCCCAAGUCCAACCUGCCGAUAACGUGGCAGUCCAAGAAGAAGUUCCAGAGUCGCCUGAAGCCCAGGAGACUCCCACAGCUGCUAAGGAAGAGGAAGACUCGAAGAAUAAGGACAGCAUCUUGACCCCUGAAGUCAUCGCUGGAGGCGCUGCAGUUGCUGCUGCAGGUGCCGCUGCCGCCGGAGUGGCUGUCGUGUCCCACAAGGAAGACCCUGGGUCUACUCCAGUGAAAGAAAGCGAUGUGAAGACGAGCGACUCCCCUGCUGCCCUUCAAGUUCAGUCCUCCGCCAGCGAAGAACCUCUAGAUGCAUCGAAGGCGCCAGCGACACCAGAACCCGCAGCCGACCCUGCGUUGGCUGCGCUUGCUGGCGAUGGUGAGGCCCUUCUGAGGAAGCUUGAACUGCCAUCCACCGAGCAACUUCCUGUUCCUACGGAAAAUGCUCCCAAAGACCCCAAGAAUACGAACCAAGAGAACGAGGCAUCCACCGCUGUAGAGAGUGGCCCCUCCACGAGCCUUAAACCACCCUCAACAACGGAAGGCACUACGGACAAUGCGAACAACAAGGCAAUUGAUUCACGAUCUCCCAGCCAGAACCGGGACCUGCUCUUGAUGAUCGUUAUUAUUGCUCCAUUUCUGGCUCUCCUCUGGCAGGCCAUAUAUACCCCAGGAAACGCCUAAUCCCCCAAACUACAUGUUUGAGCCGCUCAUUUGAUUCGACGUGAUUCCCCUGCCUUUGAUACCGAAGGACCCUGCAUGCGGAUUGCUUAUUUACUCUGCUCAACCCAUAUUAUUCCUCCACUCCUUCAAAAUGCCGUGUCCGUGCAUCACUAGCUGGGUUGGUUUACCGACCUGUGCGAGUUUGCAGUGAUGAUUUGAUGUUUAUGAUAGCUGAUGAUAAUGAAGACUAUUGCUUGACCUUAUUAUUCUUCCUUUAGAUAUGUAGACUUGAUCCCUCAGUUGCCAUUACUUCACGUCCCUGUUCACCUUAACAAGCUUCAUGGCCACCACCUCCGGCCCAUAGAUUCCAGCUUAUCUGAGCGUCAUUACCCAACGUUUCUUCGAGUCU